CAGCUUCUCUAUGCUUCGCAGCGUUAUUGUUUCCAUGAAUUUCGUGAUAUUUUGUACUUAUACAAAAUGUAGAAUAUCGAAGGCAACGAAUUCAACCAGAAUCAAUAGCCCCAAAACAUUUUUUAGUUAUUACAAUUAUACGUCGUAUUAAUAUUUUUUCUGAGAAAUCUCAGGGUAUUCACUGAAUACCUUGAAUACCCGGACGCUACGCCACUGUUUAAAGGGCCACUCCAGCCCAAAAAAAUUUUGCUGAGAUUUUGCAUAAAUUGGUAGUUAGUCGAGAAAAAGAAGCCAUCGUGAAAUUUUUUUUAAAAAAGCUUAACUCGUUUUCCAGAUAUAGACGCUCAAAGUUGAGAAUCACCGUAAAAUACGACAAAAAAAUUUUUCGGAAAAAGCACUUUGUGACGUGUGAAAGGGCUAUUGUUUCAACAUUCGGCGCUAUGGUUACACGUUCGCACUGAAAUUCGCACGACUCGGUAGAGGCUUCGAAGAGGCGAUUCAUGUCGGAAUCUCGGUUGUCGUUCUAUUUAUUUUCCUGCAUUGCGAUUGAUGUUUAGCGGAGGCUUCCAGCCAACAUGGACUAGUAAUUAAACAAACUUCACCCUGAACUCAAAUCCUAAUCUUGGCAACGCAGCAAGCUUUUCAAAAUCGAAUGCUUCACGAAUUUUCAGAUGAAGGCAUUUCUUGUCGUCGUCUCAUCUCAGGGAUUUCCUGGGAGCUGAAUAAUAAUUGAUGUCCUACCGCAUUUGAAGAAGAAUCCCACUCACAAGAUGGAAACUUUCCCGUAAGUCACAAUUCAUCCUUAUUAUCAUUUGACCAUAUUGAACGUUUGGCGAAACUCCAGGGUAUAGAGGUUGGAGGGGGUUUGGGGAAGGUGUGACACGCACCCCUAAGCAACGCAAUUUGUCGCGCUUAGAGAAAAAAGCAAAAUGUCACAUAAAAUAGUACCAAAAGUAGAAGUUUGCUUUUUUGUACCAACAAGGGGGCCUGAGCCUCCUAGCGCUACAUCCCUGUCAAUUCUCUGUGCACUACACCUUUGCCCGAGGUGCAGAUGUGUGAAAUUUUCCAGGGUUUGUCUCCUGAACUCUUUGUCUUCAUCUUCUACCAUGUUUUGCCUUCAAUUUUGGAGUUCUGCCUAUUUCAUCAUGAAAAUUGAUGCACAAUUUCAAGAUUUUGCCAGGAAUUUACACUCUUGGUUUUGAAAACAGAUGUGUCAUAUCCUCAUUCUAAUGUUUUAAAGGCAGAAUAUUUAUUUGUUAAAUUAUAUUUAACAUUGUUAAGUUAAGUUAUAUUUAUUAUAUUUAUGUUAAGUUAUAUUUGUUAAAUUUACCUUUGCUAUUCUAGCUUUGAUUCAUAUAAGCAUGGCCUAUAUCAUUUAAAUUUAUCUUUGUUUUACUUCAAAUUAAUAUCUUUAUAGCUAUUUGCUAUAGUAACAGUGGUUGCCCUUUCACCCCUAAAUAUCUCUUGGAUCCUUUUAAAUAUCUAUCUAUACUCUGAAUGCCCCCGAGUGUCCAAGGUAUUGAUUUCUUUGAUCAUUUUAUGUUAUAAUAUGACUCUAAAGUAAAUAUCACUGGUAUGUUAGUAUUUAUCCCUGUCAACAUUAUUAUUCUAGGCAUAAAAAAGGUAACAAACUCUUUUAUGGAUCAGCAGAAAGGAUCUUGCCAAAAAUACUAAAUGGAGGUUGGAGAUUAUGCGGGAGUGAUAACUUGCCCCUCUUUUCCCAGCAAGAGUUACCACAAAGACCUCAACACGUUAUUCUGUCUUUGUAUUAAAAUUUUUUCAAAGGAGUCUAUUUUUUAAAAUUAUCAAAAUUUUAUAGAUAAUUUGGUUAUAUCUAUAUAAAGUUUGCAAAUUCAAAGAUAUUAUUUUAAACUAGUAACAACAUAUAGAUAUUUUCUAGAAAUUUUGAAAUAGAUUAUUGUUUCAUUAUACUUGUUUAAGAACAUUUCUCACAUGCAAUUGAAAUUACAAAUUAGCUAGCUAGUUCACUGGCCUGAUUGUAUAUAUUUUUGAAUAUAUAAUUCAAUGUAGCUAAGUAUUCAAAUACAAACAUACAUUUGUUAUUCAAUAUUGUAGCAGGUUAAAAUUCUGAAAGCUUAAAGGAGCUGACAAGACCCCUGUAAUAGCUGCUCAAGACUCAUUGACGAUACUUGUCUCUUUAUAUAGAUAAAUUUCUGGCCUUCUAAGAAGCAUGCCGCUGCCAGGCCCUGUCUGCAAUUUCGCUAGGUUCCUGUUGACCCUUUGGACAGCCGAUGAUACUUGCCACGAAGAUACCGAGGCCGACAAUGCUUGUGACGUCAAUCCGAAGCGCUCCGAUAACUCGGUUGAAAAACAACUCAACUCAAUGGCCAAUUUACAAACGCUAAUAGCUACAAAAUGGUUAGAGAUAUGAAAAAAAUUAAAAACAGAUUAGUUUUCAGGAGGUCUGAUUACAUCGGCUUCUGAAAUAAAAAUUUUGGGCUAAGAAGGCAUCAUAGAGCCUAGCCAGUCUCCAUGGCGCCACAGGUCCACAAAAAAUAUCUAGCCAUCGACUACUCUCAGACAAUCAAUCGAUUUACACAGUUCGACGCAUUUCAGUUACCCAGAAUCAAUGAUACAGUCAACGAAAUCGCACAGUACCGAGUCUUCAGUACAAUUGACCUGCAAAGUGCCUACUACCAGAUACCUCUGAAAGAUGAAGACAAACUUUGUACCGCCUUAAAAGCCAAGGGUAGGCUUUAUCAAAUUACCUGUCUCCAUUGCGUCGUAACGAACAGCGUGGCAUGCUUCCAAAGAGAAAUGAUGAGAUUUGUUCAAAAUAAUCUAAAAGCAGUGUUUCCUUAUCUUGACAAUAUUGUUUUGGAAGCUGCUCGGAAGACUAACCUUCCAUUACUGGGAUAUGUCAUCGAGGAAGGUAUAAUUUGUUCAGAUCCAGACCGGCUAAAGCCUCUGCUAAACUUCCUCUCCCACGAAAUUCAAGAUCUCUGAAUAGGUGUCUGGGACAUUUCUCUUAUUAUUCUCAAUGGGUUCAAAAUUUCUAUGAUAGAAUAAAGCCCAUAACCAGUCACAAGGGUUUUCCUUUGUCUCAGGAAGCACAGAAGGCAUUUGAAGAAUUAAGAUCCCGUUAACACGAGAUCGGUUCCAAAAAGAUUCGUAUACAUUUGAGUUCACUUUCUCCUGUUCACACGAGAAUAAAGCCUGUUGAAUAAAGCCUCAAAUGUGCUUAUCUAAGAAUUUGGAUUGUCUCAGUUUGAUUCUCUCUCAUUACAUUAUAGUAAAGAACGUUAUUCAAAAGUUUAAUUGAUUGAUAUAUAUUUGGUCAUGGAUGAAAUGUUCUACUGUAUCUGGUAAAUUGUAUCUUAGCUGGAAGUCACCAUGCGCCCCUCCUCGUUAUUUCUAACAAAACUAUCAAAAUUAUUUUUCUAUCAAGAACAAAACUGCUCACCCGUAUACGACAUAAUACCAGCCCAUGGGUAGCAGAAACGAUAUGCCGAGUAAUGAUUUUGCCACAGAUGUUAUACUGCUGCAAUAGCAUGCUCGGUAUGUCAAGUACACAACACAGUUUGAAAGAAGCCGGAAUCGAGUCUUAGAUAUCAUCGAUGGAAAGAGCCAAGGAGUGGAACUACCAACUGUGCAUCAUGCGAGAAAUAAGAAAUGCCUAGUCGUGAUGUUUAAAUGCCAAAAUUGACUGGCACUUCGACUGUUCAAAGAUUAUUUCAAGAAAAUUUUACAUCAAAUCUUUUGCUCCCAAAAGUUCGCACAGAAGCUGGUGCACCUGAAGACAUUUCUGUUUCAGGGAUCAAAAUUACAUAACAAACUACCUGAUGCGUUGAAACAAGAACAGUCUAUAAUGAAUUUCAAAAGACAACACGGUCAACUUGACAGUAAAUUUUAACUUUUAAAUAUGUAAUUUUUCGAUAUUUUCAAAUUUGAUAUUGUAAUUCGACAUCUUUUAAUCUUCUUUUUAACUUUAAUUUUAACAGGACCUUGACUGAUAGCAGCUUCUGAGCAAGCUUAUCAAGUUUAUUAUCCUGUAUAAAUGUAGAUUAUUAUCCAUCCAGAACGGAGAACCGAGCUGUGACGCAGCAAGGUCUUCUUGCAAAGGAAAUCGAAGCUCUCGGAAACUUCAGGAUUCCGCACUUAUCGCUUCUCCGCACAAAGAGGUUGCGGUUAACAACCUCUCGCAACCUGUUCACUCGAUAGGGCAAACCAGUUCACUUCCGCCGAACAAAGUUUGUCUUCAGGUUUCUUCAGAGGAAAAAACAUUUGUAAAACAAAACCCAUUCACGAAAGGUCAGCCGCAGCCGGCCCUUGCACGCGACAGGACCGGAUCCACGCUAGGCCUUCGGGGGGAAACUACACUGAUCUAUAAAAAGUCUUGGACGAGCUUCUAAUGUGACCAGAGGGUCGCCGUUCGAGAAGAGGGCCCCAGAACAGCCCAUGCAAGGAGACGGCCUUCUCUGUCACCCCUUGCAAUGUUUUCAGCUGCUCUGGCCUUGUUUUUUUUCAGCAAUCAGACACACAGCAUUGAAGCUCUCGCUUAUCCAUAUCGUUGAAGUAUUGGUUUUGAGGAAUGGCUUCCCGCUGCUGUUUGGGGCCCUCUUCCUUUUGAAAUUAAAUGGGUUUCAAACUUUGGUGUUUCAAGACAAUGCGAAGCUCGUUCCAGUCUUUUUUAUAGAUCUGUGGUGAAACUAGCGGUUAGCUAAGUGAAGUGAAAUAGUAAGUUGUUUUCCUUUGCUGUGCAAGGUUUCAGGUUUGUGCUCUGUGCAAGGUUUGAGGUUAAUUGCAGCUUAUUACAUGGUAUUUUGAGAUGACAUCACAGCUUGAAUUUUACGUCAACGGGCGGAAAGUCGUGGAGAAAGAACCUGACCCAGAAUGGACUCUGUUGUUCUAUUUACGAGAAAAACUGAGCUUAUGUGGAACAAAACUGGGAUGUGGGGAGGGUGGUUGUGGUGCUUGCACUGUGAUGGUGUCAAUGUACGAGAAGGAGACGAAGACGAUUAAGCACAUGUCAGUGAACGCUUGCCUUGCUCCUGUUUGUGCGAUGCAUGGCCUAGCUGUUACUACAGUUGAAGGCAUCGGUAGCACGAAAACAAAACUUCAUGCAAUACAAGAAAGAAUGUCGAAGAUGCAUGCCUCACAGUGUGGAUUUUGUACGCCAGGAAUUGUGAUGUCCAUGUACACUCUUCUGCGGAAUAAACCAAUACCAUGUAUGGCUGAUGUUGAGGAGUAUUUCAAGGGGAAUCUCUGUCGUUGCACUGGCUACCGACCGAUUCUCGAGGCGAUGAAAACCUUUUGCAUUGCAGAGACGAAAGAGAGGCCAAAUGGAAAUGAAGAGUGUGACGGCGGAGAAAGCAGCAUGGUAAACAAGAUGAAUGAAUUCACGAUUGGCUUCUCUGAAAACUGUGAAAGUACAAAUGGCGAAAUUGGCAAUUCUUUAGAGAAACAAUCGCCAAAUGCUGAUAUUGAUCAUUUGAAAGAAGCACAAUUGGCAGCAAUGGAAAAUACUAAGGUGCAGAUGAAUGGGUUUCCUGAUAUGCAGGACAACAGAAACAGUUGUUGUGGAGCAGGUGAGAAUUGUUGCAAAAAGUCAACAGCUCCUGACAAAUGUACUGGCAUUAAAUUGAAGGAAUCUCUUGAAGUACCUGAUGCCACUUCUCUCAAAUUUAUUCCAUACGACCCAAGUCAAGAGCCAAUUUUCCCACCCAGUCUGCUCCUUUCCAAUGGAAUAAAAUCAGAGAGUUUGGUUUUCCCGGGUGAAAGAGUCACCUGGUACAGACCAACAACUCUAAAUGAACUAUUGUCAUUGAAGGAGCAGUUUCCAUACGCAAAGAUCGUUGUUGGAAAUACUGAAGUAGGACUUGAGACCAAGUUCAAGCACCUUGAAUAUCCUGUCUUGAUACACCCAAGUCACAUUAAAGAGUUGAAAGAAAUAUCUAUCCUGGAAAAUGGUGUGACAUUUGGGGCCUCAGUGACUCUUGAUGAAAUGGAAACUGUCUGUCGAAGAAUGAUCGAAAAACUACCGGCCUACAAAACCAGAGUGCUCAGUGCUUUUGUCGAAAUGAUGCAAUGGUUUGCAGGAAAACAAAUACGAUACGUCGCAGCAGUAGGUGGAAAUAUCAUGACUGGCAGCCCAAUAUCUGACCUAAUUCCUAUUUUUAUGGCCUCUAAAUGCCAACUUGAUGUAGCAUGCAAGAAUGAACAAAGGUCGCUGGAAAUGAAUGAAAAGUUUUACGUUGGCUAUCGAAAGACGUGCCUCAAACCAGAAGAAGUAUUAGUAUCCAUCACUCUACCAUUCACUGAAACCAACGAAUAUUUUCAAGCUUAUAAACAAGCAAAAAGACGCGAUGACGAUAUUGCAAUUGUAAAUGCAGCUUUCAGAAUGGUAGUGGAAGGAGCUUUGGUUAAGGACGCUACAUUCUGUUAUGGAGGACUUGCACCUACUUCAAAAUUGGCCCUUAAAACUAUGGAGCUUCUUCAAGGGAAACAAUUAGGAGACGGAACUCUUGAAGCAACAUUGCGGUCAAUUUGUUCUGAGUUUAAUUUGCCUCCAAAUGCUCCAGGGGGCAUGGUACGUUACAGAAGAUCAUUGGCAAUGAGCUUGUUUUUCAAGUUUUUCCUUCACGUUGCAGAAGUGAUAAAAGUUUCGACGUCUGGUCUAUUGAAACAUUGCUCCAGUGCGACAGAGAAGUUCCAUAAAGGUGUAAUUAAAAGCAAUCAGUUCUUUAAACUGUCUGAUGGGGAGAAAAAAGUAGUCGGAAAGCCGAUACCACACAAAUCAGGUGAUCUGCACACGACAGGAGAAGCCGUGUAUGUAGACGAUAUGGCCAAGACAAAAGGCGAGCUUGAAUUAGUGUUUGUCACAAGCACAAAACCCCACGCCAAGAUACUGGACAUAGACCCAUCUGAAGCAUUGCUUAUUGAUGGGGUUGUUGAUUUUGUGAGCCAUAAAGAUUUACCCCCAGAACGAAAUUUAACUGGUAUUCCUGAUUUUUCGAAUGAUGAAGAAUUGUUUGCAUCCAAAGUCGUGCACUUUGUUGGGCAAGUGAUUGGUGCUGUUGUUGCAACUGACAAAAACAUUGCGAGAAGGGCUGCAAACAAGGUAAAAGUUUCUUAUGAAGAACUGCCUGCAAUCGUGACAAUAGAACAGGCAAUUGCGGCUAAUUCGUAUUAUGGUGACUUGAUUGAGUUGAAGCGUGGAAACGUACAAGAGGGAUUUGAUAAAUGCGACCACAUCAUAGAAGGGACAAUGAGGACUGGGGCGCAGGAACAUUUUUAUCUUGAGACACAAUCAUGCAUUGUAUUUCCUUUGAAUGAGAAUGACGAAAUCAUAAUUUAUUCUGCAACCCAGUCCCCAGCUGAUACACAGAAUGCCGUUGGGAACGCGCUUGGUCUGGAUUACAACCGCAUCGUUUGCAAGACCAAAAGACUCGGAGGUGGUUUCGGUGGCAAGGAGACAAAGGCACCUAUCAUAGCUGCUGCUGUUGCUGUUGUUGCUUGUAAGGUUGGUAAACCAGUGCGAAUUAUGCUUGACAGAAACGAGGAUAUGAUGAUGACGGGGGGUCGCCAUCCAUUUUUGAGCAAAUACAAAAUUGGUUUCAACAAGGAUGGGCACAUUUUAGCAGCAAACGUAGAUUUGUAUUCAAACGCUGGCUGGAGCGUCGAUAUGUCUUUAUUGGUCCUUCAAAGAGCUGUAAUGAAUUGCGAAAAUUCUUAUUUUAUUCCGUGUUGGAGGUCAUCUGGGCGCUGUUGUAAAACAAAUCUCGCUUCCAACACUGCUUUCCGUGGAUUCGGGGCUAUGCAAGGGAUGAUGAUGGCUGAAACAUGGAUUAAUGACAUUGCAACAUUUUUGGGAAGGGACCCGGCAGAAAUCAGAGAGAAGAACAUGUACCAAGGUGGAGAGGUGACCCACUAUAACCAGGUCAUGGAACCUGGGACCAGAAGAUGCUGGGACAAAUGCAUUGAGAAGAGUAAUUAUUACAAACGCAGACAAGAGGUAGAAAUAUUUAACGAUGGAAGCAGAUGGAAAAAGCGUGGCAUUGCCAUUGUCCCUGUGACAUAUGGCGUAGGCAUCGAAGCUUCAUUUUUGAAUCGCGGCGGUGCCCUUGUGCAUAUAUACUUUGAUGGAAGCGUACUGGUUUCACACGGAGGAGUCGAAAUGGGUCAGGGAUUGCAUACGAAGAUGAUUCAAGUGGCAAGCACUGUUCUCGAGAUACCUCACAACAAGAUUUUAAUCUCGCAUACUGCAACAGACAAAGUGCCCAACACGAUUCCAACCUCUGCAAGUCACAGCUCUGAUUUGCAAGGAAUGGCUGUAAUGGACGCUUGUCAGAAACUGAUGAAGCGUUUAGAACCGUACCGACAGGAAGAGGAGACAUGGAACGACAUUGUGAAGAAGGCCUACUACGACAGAGUGUGUUUAUCAGCGACUGGUUACUACAAAACGCCAGACAUUGGCUACGACAUCAAGACGAAUACUGGACGAGCGUAUAAUUAUUACACAUUUGGAGUUGGAUGCUCUGUUGUGGAAAUCGAUUGCUUGACAGGCGACAAUAAAAUACUCAGCACUGAAAUCGUGAUGGAUCUUGGGGAGUCUCUCAACCCUGCUAUUGACAUUGGUCAGAUUGAAGGUGCUUUUAUGCAAGGCUAUGGUCUAUUUGUGCUGGAACAAUUCCAACAUACACCAAAUGGAGUGCCAUUGACAGUUGGUCCAUCGACGUACAAAAUACCUGGUUUUGGUGAUGUGCCUGAAGAAUUCAACGUCUCUCUCCUCAGUGGCUCUCCAAACGUAAGGGCCCUCUAUUCUUCGCGAGCUGUUGGUGAGCCACCAUUGUUUCUUUCCGCAUCUGCAUUUUUUGCAAUCAGGGAUGCCAUUAGGUAUGCUCGUAAAGAUGCCGGCUACAAUGGAAUCUUCAAACUAGAGGCACCAGCAACGGCAGAACGAAUCCGCAUGGCAUGUCAAGAUGCGCUGACUGAAAUGGUGCCUGAAUUCGAGGAAGGCACUUUCCAGCCGUGGUUCAUACAAGUCUGAUUUGCUUGGACAAGAUCGUUUUAACUGAAGAAGAUUGUUUGCUAUCAUUUGUUGUGCUAUUCAUUAUAUAUAUACUUUGUUUCGUACUGCAGCGAGCUUAAAGGUAAAUAGAUGCUUGGAUUUGUUGAAGCAAAACCAAAUGCAACAUUUGUAGAAAUCAACAAACUGGAGCGCUGGGUGGAAAUGGUAUUAGCUUGGAGUUAAUUUUUUUUUAAUGCUCCAGAUUGGUUGAAAGCCUUAAGGAGUAAACGAUUGAAGAUUGAAGUUGCUUGAUAUCAGUAUUCUGACUAGUAUUUUGAAGACAAUUUGUCAACCAAUAUAUUCACUGAGAGUAAGGACCCUUCUCCAUUGCUCUAAAGACUUUCGUCAGUUUUAUCCUUAUUUAAGACACCUUCCAGUAAUAUUUUUUGCUUGGAACCUUCUUGUGCAAUCAAAAUUUUGUUUCAUCUCAGACCAAUAAAAGUAAUGAAAAAAACAAUGUCAACAACUGUGUGGCAAAAGAAGAGAGUUACUGUGGAGAACUCGGAUAUUGUUGGUUGAUAUGGGCCUUCUAAACGUAGAAAAUGCAUAGAAAAGUUUAAGAGUAACAUGGUAGGCUUCGCUAUUUUGUGAUUUGCUACAUGCUUUUGCCCAGGUAAGAAUUGGGACACCCAGUUACAAGCCCACUUUUUUCUGAAAGCACCUCGAGUUUAUUGAUCGUGUGCAAUUCUUUUACCUUCCACACCGAUUUUUACAAGAACUGCGAUUCUUUAUUGGACCGGAACCUAUUCUUUCGUAAUAAAGAUAUUAGAUGUUAGAAGUAUCAGAUUUUGGUUUCAUAAGAGGAAUUUACUUCUAGUUUAAGCAAAGACUGUUAUCAAAUUCGGAUUAUAUCUGAAGAUUAAAAACGACUUAAUUGAACAAAGGAAUAAUUUACUUCGAAAAUUCCAAGCAAAAAUAUGAACCUGUGUGUGUCUUUGAUCAUGAAUUUUUGUACUCAAUGAAGUACAAAGUUCCCUUAGUAUAAUUUGAUGGAAACAUACAGGAUCUCAUCAAAUUGUUGGUCCAAAAUUCCAGUUACCUAAAGCAUCAUUUUUUUCUACUUUUAUAGUGGUAUAGCAUUGUAGACUAAUUUAUUUUAUAGUGGUAUAGCAGUGUCACACUGUGAAUUAUAUACAAGCAAAGAAGUCUGGUAAAUUCUUUGUUUUUUAAAUAAUAUUUGAUUGUUAUGAUAUUUUAUGACCAUCUCGCAUUACAAAUAUGUCAUGAUCUUUUUUAAUCGUUGAAGUUAUGUAUCACUAUGUAAUCGUUUGAAAAACAAUUUAUGUAUUAAACUGCCAAUUUAAUCUUUUUAGGUACUGUCAUAAUGAUAAGUAUGGUGCGCAUAUACCGCCAAAAAUAGCUCUUUCUAAAAUUUCAGCAACUUUCUAAAAGUUUAGUGAUCUUCUAAAAGUUCAGUUGCUCUGUCUAGUCUUAAAAUUUCAGUCAUUUCCAAAAUUUCAACCACCGUUCAACAUUUUCUAAAAUUUCAAUUACUUAAGCAACGUUUCUAAAAUUCCAAUCGCUUGCUCUGCCAGAUUUCAGUCAUGCUAGGUUAGUUCUAAUAUUGCAACCAUUUCUAAAGUUUGAACCCCCGCUUAACAUUUUCUAAAAUUUCAAUCACUCUAAAGUUUCAGUGGCUUUUCCAAAAUUUCAAUGGUGAAUGUUGAUAACCUCUUCCUAAACUUUGCCAAGCAGCCUCCUUUUCCACCAUUUCCCCGAGAAAGUAAGUGCAGGUGGCAGCAUGGCUGGCAUUAUUGCUUCAAAAAAUCCAUGACCCCGGAUAUGCAAAAAAACUCAAAUAAUGAAACAUUUCUAGAAAAAUUUUUUUUGUUCGAAACAACCUAAAAAGCUUUAAAAUACGUCCGCAACACCAUUUGUGGAGUUUCCAAUGAAUUUCAGGCCCGUACCUCUCAAAAAGUUGAUCUUUCGCAAUCAAUUCUUAUUCUUCUGAUCGUGUCACAAACCAAAUCAGCAGCGGACCAUCGUUGUAGCAGAGAAGCUUCCGCCAUGACUUUCCUAUAUGCUGGAGCACAAAAGGAGGCUGCUUGGCAAAGUUAGAAAGAGCUAUUUUUGGCGGUAUAUGCGCGCCAUAGAUAAGUGGUACUCAGUUUUUUGUUUGAGAUAUGGAUAUGUUGAAAGAUUGAA